AUGUGCACCGUUAGUCAACCCGUCCACAUCCUGGUCCGUCCAGCCCGCACCACGUCCGUCGUGUCAGACCACGCCUGUGCCGCUUCGCCGUUUUUCGUCUCGGCGCCUUCGCCUUCGCAGCCAAGCCGCUGCCCCUGUUCGCCGCCUCCGCGCCAGCCUGUUCAACUCACGCUCGCGCGCCGCCGCCUCACACGCCGGAAAUUUGUCAAUCUACCUCUCCUGUCCUUACCGAUCCGUUGCCUCCGCCUAGACACCGUCAGCUUGCCAUCACCGCCCUCAUCUUUCAUCGGCCAUCCAGAGCAUCGCCCAUGCAUGACGCCCGCCGUUCGCAACCUGCACUAGUCGCUACGGACUCCCUCGCUCACCAACACUCGACCAUGGUAGAUAAGUUUCCCCUCGUGUCCGCUGUCCAACACAGCCCCUCUCAGAGCCUCGAUGGCCCGCUUGGAGUUCGGUCUUGUUUCGCAAUGCGCCCGUCCAGUUUGACUUAG